AUGCAGAAAUCAACAUUAGAAAAGAUGGCCGACGAAUUCGGAUCGAAUAAACGUUUCGAAAGCAGUACUUUCAACUUCAAAAAGGACCUCAAAAAUGUAGUGGCUGAACCAAUUUCUUCAUUAGCAGAACAAACACAAAACUAUGCUAGCCAAUAUAGAAUGGCACAAAUGAUCAAUGUGUUAUUAACGGUCAUUAUCUUCAUUUUCAUCCUCGGGUUUAUAUUUGAACUGAAAUUUGUAAUAAUCCUUUACACAAUCGUUUUCGUCUCCACCCAGGUCAACAAAUCCGAUGCCGGAUCCGAUCGGAUUCCUGGAAACGGAAUUGCAUUGGAAUCCGACUAG